AUUUGGCUCCUCGGUGCUGCUCCACUCUUUAGACCUGCGAGUGUCCCAGUAUCGGUUGAUUGAACCUGAUACAAGGAGUGGUUUGCUUGGCUACAUGUAAGUGGUGGCUUGGCCCCUUUGGCCGGAUAUCCUCACACGCUGGCAGGACCUUGGAGAGCGACCGGUGUCAGUCAGAGCCACGGUACCCGCAGAUCACAAUAUGCCUCGCUUUACCGUUCAUGUCCGGGACGAGUGGCUGACGGUGCCCUGCAAAGACCCCUCCUACACUAUUCAGUGGCUGGGUUUGGAGGCCAUCAAGCGCUACACAAAGAACAAACCAGACAACGGAGGAAUCAAAUCUGUCAAGGACAUAAGCUUUGUGGCCAGGAGGUGCCAAGGACAAGGGCUGCUGGACCCCGACGACACCAUAGAGGAUGUCCUGGAAGACAAUGACUUUGUCGAACUGGCGAUCGAUGGGGACACCAUGUCUCCUGACUUUAUUCCUUUCCAGCCUGGAGUCUCACACCUAACAGCAGCGUAUCGGGAGCCAGAGAGUUAUCUUCAUCUGGAUGGUAACAAUCUCACGUCAUCAGAUCUUGUGGAUUUAGGAAAGGGACUGUACAAGAUUAAGCUGACACCAGAGGCAGAGACUAAGGUUGUGCAAUCCAGGGAACUUCUGGACACUAUUGUUAAUGAUCACAAAGUUGUAUAUGGCAUCACAACUGGGUUUGGGAAAUUCGCCAGGACCGUGAUCCCAAUCAGCAAGCUAAAGGAGCUGCAAGAAAACCUGGUGCGAUCGCACUCGGCUGGUGUAGGUGCUCCAUUGAGCCCUGAACGAACCCGAAUGCUGCUUGCCCUGAGGAUUAAUGUCCUGGCCAAAGGGCAUAGUGGCGUCUCCUUGGAAACACUGCAGAGGAUGAUUGAUGCCUUCAACGCAUCCUGCUUGUCCUACGUACCAGAGAAAGGCACGGUUGGUGCCAGUGGAGACCUCGCUCCCCUGUCGCAUCUGGCUCUGGGGCUGAUGGGGGAAGGGAAGAUGUGGUCGCCAAUGAGUGGCUGGGCAGAUGCCAAAUAUGUGUUAGAGGCUCAUGGACUGAAGCCAAUAUCACUGAAUCCCAAGGAGGGCCUGGCUCUCAUCAAUGGGACCCAGAUGAUUACAUCCUUGGGGGCAGAGGCUGUAGAGAGGGCUCAGGCUAUUGCCAGGCAGGCUGACAUCAUCGCAGCACUGACACUGGAGGUGCUGAAGGGGACCACCAAAGCUUUUGACAGCGACAUCCACAAACUCCGCCCACACCCAGGUCAGCAGGAGGUGGCUCUCCGCUUCCGCUCCCUGCUGGACUCGGACCACCAUCCAUCUGAAAUUGCAGAGAGCCACAGGUUCUGUGACCGUGUCCAGGAUGCCUACACUAUGCGAUGCUGUCCUCAGGUGCACGGCGUGGUAAAUGACACAAUAGAGUUUGUGAAAAAUAUCAUCAACACAGAAAUUAACAGUGCUACGGACAACCCUAUGGUAUUUGCAGAACGUGGAGAGACCAUUUCUGGAGGGAACUUCCAUGGGGAAUAUCCAGCCAAAGCCCUGGACUAUCUCGCCAUUGGCGUCCAUGAGCUGGGCUCCAUCAGCGAGCGCAGGAUUGAGCGCCUGUGUAACCCCUCCCUCAGUGAGCUCCCUGCCUUCCUGGUCAAUGAAGGUGGCCUUAACUCUGGGUUUAUGAUAGCUCACUGCACUGCUGCCGCACUAGUGUCAGAGAACAAGGUUCUGUGCCACCCAUCCUCCGUGGACUCUCUGUCCACCAGCGCCGCCACUGAGGACCAUGUAUCCAUGGGUGGCUGGGCAGCCCGGAAGGCUCUGAGGGUGGUGGAACACGUAGAGCAAAUCCUCUCCAUUGAGCUGCUCGCUGCCUGUCAAGGGAUCGAGUUUCUUCGGCCACUCCGGACGACCACACCACUGGAAAAGGUCUAUGACCUUCUGCGAACCAUGGUCAGGCCAUGGAUUAAGGAUCGCUUCAUGGCGCCAGAUAUCGAAGCCGUCCACCGGCUGCUGCUGGAUCAGAAGGUAUGGGCAGUGGCACAGCCAUACAUUGAAAAAUACCGCAUGGAACACAUUCCAGAGUCCCGUCCCUCCUCCCCAACUGCCUUUUCACUGGACCCUCCAGCAUCCCCUAGGAAACGGGUUCGCCACGAAUGACAGUUCCUUAAAUAGCAACCUGUAAAGUGAAGCAUAUGUUUCCAAUCUUACAAGUAACAUCUUCAUGGUGCUGAUGUGAAUGUAGUCUGUCUAGACUCAAGACAUUUUGGUAUGAUGAUACCACAUAAUCUUGAUCAAAUUUAAAAAUUUAAUGUUUUUGCUCAAUUAACACUCAUUGUGAGCAAAAAUAUUUAAUGAGAGCUAGUUUUCUAGGCAGAAAAGCUAAUAGCUAAAUAGCCAAUGUAUUAGCUUUAGAAGAUGUGCAAGUACCUCAAUCAAAUAUGAAACAACAAAAAAAGAUGAUUGGUUAGAAGGAAUUGGACUUACUUUACUUUAACAAAAGUUAGCAGUUACAUAAGAAGCCAAUAUAUUACUGCAAGGUUUGUUUGAAGCAUUGUACGUCUUCUUUCUAUAGUAGUGCAUUAGUAAUUAUGAACUGGUGGAAACUUUAAACAUGAUUUUGUAAUUGAAAACAUUUGAGGAGAGGUAUCUCUCAGUUUUGGAAAAAAAGAUGUUCUCAAUAAAAUGAGGAUGAACACG